UUAGUAUCUAGAUCUAUUUGUUCAGUACUAAAACCUCAGGUCGGAUUACAGUUUACAGAUGAAUUGGUUUUCUUUCUCAAUAUUUGGAUGUCUUAAUCAUUAAUAUAAAAAUCUAAUGAACGUUACUAAUAAUGAUUCAACAUACGGAAAGACUUGAUUUAGAUAUUUCGGCUCAAAAUUCCUUAUCGAAUGGAGAAAAUGGUGUCGAAUCUGCCUCUACUAACGGGCCUCUCGACGUUGAAGCUUCAUCCUCUGGUAAUGACAUGCAGUACUCUGGUGACUUGAAAUUUGGUUGGGAUGAGCUCUGUCCAGUCUGUGGUGAUAAGGUCUCUGGAUACCACUAUGGUCUACUAACAUGUGAAAGCUGUAAAGGUUUCUUUAAACGAACAGUUCAAAAUAAAAAGGUGUACUCUUGUGUGGAUAAUAGAUCAUGUCUAAUCGACAAAGCACAGAGAAAGAGAUGUCCUUUUUGUCGAUUUCAAAAAUGUUUGAAUGUUGGUAUGAAACUAGAAGCUGUAAGGGCAGACAGGAUGAGAGGUGGAAGGAACAAAUUUGGCCCAAUGUAUAAACGAGACAGAGCACUGAAGCAACAAGCAGUUAGACAACAGCAACAGAUGCUGGCACAAUGCCAAAUACGACUACAGAAUGGGAUGACAAGUCCGGAUGAGGAUAUUAAACCAGACCCAGCAAUGUUACAGCAUAUUUCACAGAUGGUCUCAAAUAGCAUGGGAUACAACAGCUCAAACAUGUCAGGCAUGCCAUCACCUUCCAUGCCUGAUUCUCCUAAUUCUGACAUCAGUUGUGUGUCGUCCUCCCAGCCGUCACCCAUUACGUCACACCCACAAUCGCCAUACACCAUGACCCAGAACUUCCAUCCACCUUCGAUGAUGCACGACCCCAGGAACCAUUACUCCAUGCCAUCAUAUCAAUAUCAUCACCAGAUGGCACCACCAGUUAUACCAAUUGUGCCUCAGACAAUUAUAAAUAUGAAAGCAAAUAUGACUGAUGAAAUGGAAAUCAAACACAAACUAUUAUCAUUUCUUCAUAAUGCAUUUGGUGCUGAAGAUAUUCUUAGUCAGCCAAUCAAAUUAUUACAGAUGAUUUGUAAACUGUCAGAUCAGCUACUAUUUCUAAUGGUGGAGUGGGCCAGGACUUCUACUUAUUUUAAAGAACUAAAGGUUGAAGACCAAAUGAAACUAUUACAGAACAGUUGGAGUGAGAUUUUAAUAUUAGACUUUGUACAUAGACUUGCUCAUGAUACAUGGAGUGGGGAGGUAUUAAUGGGAAAUGGUCAGCGACUAAAUAUAGAUUGUUUAGAUAAACUAGGAUUAUCAGACUGUAAAGAUAGGAUUAGAGACAUGGUACGAAAAAUGAGAGAACUGAAAAUUGACGUCAACGAAUAUCUUUGUCUGAAAUACCUGAUUCUUCUUAAUCCAGAUGUCCCUGGGCUUGAAAACAGACAACAUGUGGAGCAGUGUCAAGAAAAUAUAAAUGCAGCAUUAAUGGAAUACUGUAUUAACUUUUAUCCAAGUUUAAAAGACAAAUUUGGCCAAGUGCUACUACGGCUACCAGAAGUUAGGGUUAUAAGUAUUCGAGCAGAAGAAUUUCUUUACUACAAGCAUUUAAACAAUGAAAUUCCGGACCAGACUCUUUUAAUAGAAAUGCUCCAUUCUAAGAAAAAAUAGUGAUAUUUAUAUAUAAACUAGAUUUGACUUGUGCCAUAGACAGGUGACUCCCGCUCCUUUGUAAAAUCAGAAUAUUGGUACCAUGGAAAUGGUAAGAAGCUCCAGGCAGCGAUAUAUAAUGAUCAGAGAAUGAAAGGUGUACUACUGGUUUGUACGGAUGUUGACCUCAGAAUGAAAUCUUUGCAAUAUUCAUCUUAAUCAUCUGUGUUUUCUGAAGUUCGAGCCUAUUUAAUAUUCAUGGCAAGUAAUCUGAGAGCGAUACAGGAGCUUUUUAAUAAUAAACAGGGAUAAGGGCUAGAUUUUAGUUCAAAUAGAUUAAGCAUUAUUGUGAACUAUUUACAUAUUUUCCAGUUUAAAAAGGUUAUAGUUGUCCUGAAUUUGUCUGAAAACUUUGUGUUCAGUCUGAAUUGUGAAUUCUUUUCUUUUUAUAUUGGUGUAUAUCAAUCUUUCCGUAUAGUUAUCACAUGAAGUUUUUAUACUGUUUCAUGGUUUCCUCAUACAGAUCAGCUCAGGUUUUGACUUUUGAUUUGACCUUGGUCAGAAAAUGUUAUAUUUUUGUGAGAAUAGUGAAUUAGACAAGUCAAAAGACAAAUAAUGUUUCCAUUAUUCAUAUAUAUACUGUUUAUGAUAUAUAUGUAUAUUUUGUUAUUGACAUGCAUUUAUGCAUAAGAUAUUUCUUGCAAAUGCAUACAAAUGGAAUGAAUAUUCAGGGAUGUAAAUUUCCUUUUGUUAGUCACAAGCUUUCAAAAUUGUAUAUUCCCCCUCCUGAGAAGUGGUUAUUAAAAUCAAAUAUUAUACUUGUCAUUACAUUUCAGAUAAUGCAUUUUGUUGUGGUCUACCUCUUGUAAUAACAGCUAAUUAGGAUGUUUUUUUUUCUAAAACUACAAAAAAUUUAAUGCAAUCUGAAUUCUUUUUACACAACUAAGACGAAAAUUUUUAUCAAUAUCAAUUUUGGUUUUAUUUUGACAAUUAUAAACAAAACACACAUUAAAGGUUCUUAUAUGACUGGUUAUUAACAUUUUCAGCUAAAUACCACUAUGGUGAUAUUUUGUUUGUCGUUCUGGUGAAUUCUUCACACAUUUUGUCCUUUUGGGGUCAUUUAUUAAAAGUCCUUUCAAAGAGAUUUUAUGUAUAACUUUUGUUUCCUGUUUUUCUUGAUUUCCCAGAUGUUUGUUAUUGGAAAUUAUACUUGUUAAUGAUCAUGAUGAUGUUAUAUCUUUCAUUUUCUUUUUUUUAGAACUAACGUGAUUAAUUUGGAUAUUUCUAAAUAUCAAGUCAACAUUGACAUUAUCUUUUUUUUUUUUUUUUUUUUUCAUUGACAUUAUCUUGAAUGCUAAUUUCACACAUGUCACUCAAAUGAGAGAAGAAGUCACGAUGUAAACAAAGUAAUAAUUCUAAAAAUAGAGACAACUGACUUCAUAUACUGUGGAUUCAUGCUUUUCAUAUGUUAAUGAUUUUCCACCUUCCGUUUACCUUUUUUUUUUAGAAAUAACGCGAUUGAUUUGGAUAUUUAUAAAUAUCAAGUCAACUUUGACAUUAUCUUAAAGUACACUUUCACACGUAUCACUCAAAUGUGAGAAGAAAUCAUGAAGUAAACAAAGUUAUUAUCCUAGAAAUAGAGACAUUUUGCUACUGAAGAUUGAAGAAGAAAAAAAAAAAUUGUGGAUUUGCCAAAGUUUACUUCAUACAAGCCCUAUAGGAAAUUAAUACUUCAUUGAGAAUUUAAAUUCUUGGUUCAUCUUUACUAAUGAAAUCCUUGAAAAUUAAAACCCUAUAAAUAACACUGGCUCCACUGUAGUACAGAAUGUCACCAAUCCUAUCCUGUUGAUCACUGUAAAUUCAUUUGAUCAAAGGCUCAGCUUACUCUUGAAAGUUACAUUCUAUUGGUCAGAUUUUAUUUGGAAAAAUAAGAAAAGGCAACGCAUUCACUUAAAACCGUCAUAAGUAAGAAUAAGUUAUUUCUUUGGCAUUCAAUCUUUUUUCAUUUUUUAAUGCAAAAUUUUUGCUCAACUAUGAUUUUUUUAUGUGCAACAACAAUUUACGAUAAUAAAACAUCUAAUAUUGAUUUUUUAUAUUAUUAUGCACAUGUCAAUUGUACAAAUGUAAAUGUUCCCUUGACUUACUGACGAUGACUUAAUAUGUAAAUGACAAUAUAUGUACUGUCCAUGUGUUUCAGUAUUAACAUUGUUCAAGGUUGGGACCGAAAUUUUGAAGGAAAGGUGUAUCUGAAUACAAAAAUACUACUGAAAAUAUAUAAAAGAAAAGUAAAGGAAUAGAUCUCUGAUUUGAAGCAGUAUUAUUUUAAAAUACCAAGUCUAGUGGACUUUUCAUAAUAAAAUGCGUUGAUAUUAUUUCUUAAAUUCUUUGAAUUGAUAAAGUUUCUAUAUAGAUAUUAUAUUUCAUCAUCGUUUUGAAAUUGAAAGCAAGCAAUACCUACCAUUGUCUUAGGACAUAAUUAUAUAAUCAUUGAAGAAAUAGUAUUAAUUCGUGAUGGAUUAAACAAUAUCUUUAAUUUUAUUUCUUCCUGUGAAUAACAUAUAUCUUAAAAAAUUCUAAACCAUUUUCAGAUUUACUAUGCUGAUAUAUAAUUUCUUUCAGUUCUUUGAUUCUAAAUUAAAUCUACAAUUGAUUGAAAUAUUCUUUUGUGGCCUUUUGACUCUCUUUUUCCUCUUUUUGUUAUUCAUAAGAGGUCCACAUAAACAUUUUUAUUCCAUUUUUUUUAUGGGAAUAUUUUAUAUUGCAUGUGGAGAAAGUGACUAACUAUAUGUAGGUAGCAAAUAUCUUAAUUGUCCAUAGAAACGAAAAAAUUUGUAACAGUAAAUACUUAAUAGUAUUAAGAUGUAAAUAAAAAAUUAAAAAAAAAGAAACAAAUAUAAAGUGACCCAUCAGUAACAAUGUUAAAGGCAAGACUUAAUGACAGAUUAACUUGUUUACAUGGUCGAGCCAUGCUAAUCGAUAGUAUUUUAUUUGAUGAAUAUCAUGUAAACAAGGUCAUAUGUUAAUUUAUUUUACUUUUUGAGUAGUUUAUUUUUAAGCAGCAUCAGUUAUUCAAAGUCGGGCAAGUAAAAGAAAUCUUAACUUUCUCUUUUUAAGAAGACUCUUCUUUCUUCUGAAAAUCUGUACCUAUUAUUAAAAUUGCUUGUUACAUACAUAAGUGCUGUUUUAUUCUCUUUUUUGCAAUUUGAUAAAUAUACCCAUGUUAUGAAAUAGGGCAGCAAUUUGUAUUGCAAAAUUAUAUGGGAUGUUUUUCAGACAAUCUUGGUGAUUUACUCUCUGAUGAACAUGGAAAAGUGCUACAAAUUUUGUUAUUGCAUCACAAAUGUUAUAUUUUUAAGAGAUAUUUUUAAUUUGUUCUAUUGUUAAUUAUUUCUAAGAAAAGUGCUUUUUAUCUUAGAUUUUUAUUUUUAGAUAGCAUUUUAGCUUCUUUUAAACUAAUACAGAAUAAGUACUAAAAUCAUGUUUAUGGAUUUUCCUGUGUUAAUGAUAUUUAUGAUAUAUAUUUUUGUGGAUUUAUUGCAUUUCCUUGCUAAUAAGGAAUAAUUGCAUAUACAUUCAUUUUCAACACUAUAUUAAAAUUUACAUCAUGAAACUUUAGAAUUUCUCUUUGUGAUAAUAUAAUAAUGAUUAUAAAAAAAAUCUUGAAAAUUGUGAUCCUUUAAAAUGAAUUCACACACAGGUUUUUAAUUCUUGGGCCAAUAAGCUGAUUGCAGAUGCAUAGAGGAGGAUGAAAAUCAUUUAUUUCUCUAAUAUGCUGCUGUCUUUGUAUAAUUUAUGUUAUUUAUAAUCAGAAAGUGCUUAUUGUUUAUUUAUUAUUCACUUGUGAUCUCAUACCUUCAUAAAUUGUGAAAAAGUGAAUUUAUAUCAGACCUUUCCAUCUGCUAUGAUCAAUUGUAUUUAUAUUUCAUUUCACAAAUAAUAACGAUUCUGUGUGAAAGGAAACACAAGGACAAGUGACAUCACAUUAAAACUUUCACAAAUAUAGUAUUGCAGUGUAUAUAUAUAUCAUUGUGAAACCCCUCAUAAUAAUUUUUUGACAGUACACAAGGGCAUAAAAUUUGUGCAUGUAGCUUUUUGAUGAGUUCAAUACAUCUUUAGACCUGAUGAAAAUAUAUUGACUAGGGACUUAAAAUGGGAAAAAGUGACAAGAAUUAACAAAUCACAGCUUUGGAAUAAUAUGACAUUAAAUAAAAGUUAUCGAAAUUAAAGCAGGCCAUUACACCUAAACUUUAUUUUAAGUGAAGCUAUUCAGAAUAAUAAAAAAAAACCAGUCCCAUGUUCCGUUUAGACGGAUUAUUCAUUGUUCAAAUUAAAAAAAAAAAUACAAUUGAUCAUAUCAGAUGUUUACUCAUAGACUUGUUGUGAUGUAGAUGAUGUAAAUAUUACAGUAACUAGUGCCAUGUUUUUAUGGGGUCAUUCAUUACAUUUUAUAUAUAUGUGUGUGUAUGUAUUACAAUUUCUUGUUAUUUUAUAAGUAUGAUUGUUAAGAAGGUUUAUGAUGUAUUUAGACACAUCAGGUGUAUUUUAGGUGUAUUUAUUAUGAAAGUUUCAUUUAAGAGUUCACAAACAUUUUCAAGAUUAUAAUGAUUUAAGAAUUUUUAUUACAUAUUUUUUUUUUGCAUCAUUUUAAGUCUAUUUUAAUGUAUAUUCACACAGAUAAUUUGAUAUUAUAGUAUAUGUUUUUGCCAUCAACAUGAUAAAAUAGACUUUUUCGAAGAGCAUUUUGUUUGAUCUCACUUGUUUAAGGAUGAAAGAAGAGUUCAUUUAUGAUGUGAAACUGGCAGUCUCUGCAAGGACUACAACCCCAUAAAAUCUUAAUAUUCAAAGAUCUAAGAAAUUUCAUCUGUAAAGUUGAAAUGAUAUUUCCUUUCUUAAAAAAACUAGGAUAUCAAAACCUAGAAAAAAAAAUAAUUGCAAUCAUCUUCUAGUCACAAAAAAUUUAUAAUGCAGAAAUACAAAUUAGCCUUUUAGUUUCAAUUUAAAGUUAUCAAUCGGAUCUUAAAAUUGUAGUACAUAUAUUUUCUUAUGACUAGAUCCUUUUGAUUAAAAAAAUUAAUUUGUGCUGUGAAAAAAAAACUCAUUCCAUUCUUUAAGUUUGUAUGUUUAAGCAAAAUUGAAAGUUCUUGGCCAAAGGCUCAUCUACAAAUGUAUACAAAUGAACAAUUGUGAUUGAUUAAAUCAGAUAAUGUUAAUGGUUUUGUUGUAAACAAGGGAGACAACUUGGCUUCAUUCAUUGAGAAUUGUAUAUUGAUAAUAAUAUAUAUUGUUGAUUGUACUUUUGACUGAGUCUUUAACAAGUAGAGAAAUAUUACUAAUGUUUUCAGAUGUAGCAUUUAUAAUGUGUACAUUCUCUUGUUAGACUUGUUAAUCCAGAGACUCUCUGGAGAAAUCUAAACAAUAAAAGAUAAAAAUAAAA